AAAGUGGUUUAUUCAUCCCGAGCACUUGCAAUGUGAUCGAUCUUCGCAGUACUGAAUCCUACUGUCCAAAGAGGUCACAUGAUGCAGAAAAUACAUUCUGACGCAUCUGAUGUGUAACAGCAAGGAAAACGAAACUUAAGACGUACUGGAUAUAAUUGCAAGGAAUUACAUCCGAUGAACCAUAGAUCAGAGUGGCAAUGGGCGAUGAUUUUGUUCGUGCAUUUGACCACCUCGAUUUGGGGUCGAAUGGCAGACGACGCCGUCGACGACGUCCUCGACCACAGAUGUAUAUCUUGAGAGGUUUGCCAGGAUCGGGAAAGUCAACUCUUGCUAGACAAAUAAAAAAUACUCAUGGCAAUGCGUCCAUAUUCAGCACCGAUGACUUUUUCAGAGAUAGAAAUGGAGAGUAUAAGUUUAAGGCUUAUUUACUGAAAACAGCCCACAAGUGGAAUCAAAAAAGGGCAAGAGAAGCUUUGGAAAAUGGAGAGUCUCCUGUUAUCAUCGAUAACACCAACAUUCACCUCUGGGAAAUGAAGCCAUAUGUUGAAAUGGCUCUCGAGUUUGGGUAUUAUGUCAAUUUUAAAGAACCUGAAACCAGCUGGAAGAACAACGUGUACAAAUUGCAAAGACAAUUAAAGGGUGAGAAUGGAAAGGUACUGAGCAGUGAUGACUACUUCAAGAGAAAUGGAAAAUUUGACUACAAUGAACAAGAUCAGGACAAGGCACACCGGGAGAAUGAGAGAAAAGCAUGGAAAGCCAUGAAAAGAGGGAUAUCCCCUGUAAUCAUUGACAACACCAACGUCCGCCUGUGGUAUAUGAAGUCAUAUGUUGAAAUGGCUGAUGAGUUGCAUUAUACAAUCGAGAUCGUCGAACAAAAAGACAACAAAAAAUGUAGUAUUGAGGAAUUAUACAGGAGAACAAAAGGCACUAUACCAAUGGAUAAGCUGCAGACAAUGCGGGAUACUUUUGAGGAAUAUGAAACUGUGGAUGAUAUACGAAAUGCGAAGGAGCCCUGGAGAGACCACAUCCCGAAGCUCUUUCUCAUGAGGGGUGUUCCAGGAUCAGGAAGAGCAGCUCUAGCAGGGAAGAUAAAGAAAGAUAUUGGUGGAGUAAUAAUCAACACUCGCACGUAUUUCACCGGCAGAGAUGGAGUCUAUCGCUUUCGUCCUGAUUUAUUGCCAAAAGCACACGAAUGGAUUAUAAGAAGAGCUAAAAAGGCCAUGAAGGUUGGAAUUUCACCAGUUAUCAUUGAUACCACCAAUGUCCUUCUCUGGCACAUGAAACCAUAUGUUCAAAUGGCUCUUCAGUAUUAUUAUAAAGUCAUUUUUAAAGAACCGGAAGGCAACAGUGAGCAGGAUGCUUCGGAAUUGUACAGAAGAUCCGGCUGCAGAGUGCCAGAAAGGGUCAUAGGGAACAUGGUGGAGAAGUUCAAAAUGGUCAGAUCACAAUGGCAAGUGCUGAAUUCCGAGGAGCCCUGGAAAUGUCAGGAUUGAAAUCCGAUUAAAAACCUUCAGUAUAGCAGCAAGGCUUUGCCACGCUGUCCUCUGGCUAAUGUGUUAGAUGCUGGAUGUUUUUAAUACAUCGGCACAGAAAAGUACAAUUUUGAAUAUUUCUUUCUUCAGAUUAUGUUAAAUAUAACAACUUUGAGUAUUUGCAGUAUUUGCAAUGGGUUUUAAGUGUGGAAAUGAAAGGGAGUUUUAAUUAUGCAGGUAAAGUUUUGUUCUUUUACACAAACAAAAAACAUAGAAGAUAAUCUGAUUUCUGAUGUUCUUGAAAUAAGUUUCACUAGAAUUCUUAGGCAUUACAAAUCUGAUGCAUAGAAAACAGUUUGGUAGAUUUUAUUUUUUGUAGUAGACUGGAAGGCUAACAGGUGUAAACUAAACUUGAGAUACUGUCCUGUUCUGAGUUGUUGCCUGUUUCAAUAUGUCAGAUCUACCAUUGGAAAUUCUAAUUAUUUUAAAAAAUUAUUUUUUUUAUUAUUUAUUACAGCUGUGAUAUAAAAGAACCUUCUAAUGUGGAACCAUUUGGUUAAUUUCAGUAUUAUGUGAAAGACUUUUCUCAUUCCAAUACAUUGAUUUUUCCUUUUAGGUUAUAUAUUUUUCAACUGUUUUUAGUCUGCAGGAGCUACCAGUAUUAACCCAUUUAUUCAUGUUUUAUAUUGCAUUUUUGUACUCUUGGAAUAUUUUGACCAGUUUGUUACUGUUAAAUAAAGUCCUACUAAAAAAAAUGAUCAAUUCU